AACAAAUAAGAGAGAAAUGGAGUCCAGGCAUUUCAGCCACAAACACGGCAUGGUUUUCCAUCAGGUUGUCCAAGGAUCUGAAAUUCAUUGCUCCGGCUGCAAAUCUGCCGGCUCAGGCAACGUCUACGUUUGCUGGCAGUGCAAUUACUUCCUCCACGAACACUGUUUUCGUUCUGAACGGUCUCUCAAGCACCCGUCUCACCACCUUCAUCCUCUUACUUUGAUGCCUUUUCCUACUUACCCCUCCGGUUCUUUUUCCUGCAAUUCGUGCAACCUUGAUGGAGAUGGAUUCUCCUACAGUUGUUCCGAAUGUGAAUUCGAUAUUCAUGUUCAUUGUGCCCUUAAUAUUCCCAUUACUAAUCCCAAUCCACAUUUAUUCCAUUCCCCUGUUCCUAAUCCUAAUCCUAAUUCUAAUCCUGCGCAGAAUUAUAAUCCCAAUAUCUAUCCUCCUCCAAUCCAAUCUAAUGCUUAUCCAACUUAUCCUCCUCAAAACACUGUUUAUCCCCCUAAUCCAAACAGCCCUUAUCCCAAUUUCACCCCUCCUAAUCCAAUUACACCACCAAUUCCAAUUACUCAAAAUCCUGCAUAUCCACCCAAUCAGAACAACAAUCCAAUUCCUGCUGACCCCCAACCAAAUAUUGUACCGCCGUACAAUUACGUUCCUCCUCCAGCAAAUCCCGAUGCUGAUCCAUUGCCUCCCCCACAGCCUACAGUACCGACGGACAAGUCUUCUUCCGAAUUACCGAAAGAACUCCAACACAAGUCCCACCCUAACCACAAACUCACUCUCCUGUCGGAGCCACCAGAGUACAGUCUUUACUACAACUGCAACGCAUGCGGAGAACUAAUCGACGACUUUUCAUUCGCCUGCGGUGAAUGCGACAAUAAUUUCAGGCUCCAUGUGAAAUGCGCUUUCUUGCCCGAAACGGUGGAUUCCAAAGCGCACGAGCACACACUUGCCGUUCGCCAUGACACACCGAAGCCUACCGAUGGUCGUUUUUAUGGUAGUGUUGUGAUGUGUGAUGUGUGCGAGAGUGGAAUAACGGAAGGGUAUUGGUCUUACUUCUGCAAAGACUGUAAUUUUGUUACAGAUUUACAGUGUGCUUUUACUGCUGAUGGUCCACCUGCGAAAGAAGAAGAGAAAAAUGAGGAGGAGGAUGCAUAUGAAUUCCCGGAGGGGGCAACUGAUGCAGAGAAAUUAAUGAUUAUGAAUAUCAAGGCACAAAAUCAGAUGGCGUUACUUCAGUUUCAACUGCAAAUGUCUAAAAAUAACGCAACGUUUAUGGCAAACAUGUUUCGAUACUAAUGCUUGAUGAAUUCAUAUUGAUCAAUUGAUCUUGUUGUGUGCGCAUGUGUGUUUGUGUGUUUUCGACCCCGUGCGUGUUUUCGGGUUAAUAUUGAUUGUUUAAUAAUGUAAUUCGACCGCUUCCCGUUGAUUUCUCGAGGGGUCGUCGUCUCCGUUUUACUGUUUGUUUUCUGAAGUUAUAAGUGAUUUUUCAUUUGGUUUGU